AUUUACCCUGACUGGUGUGUUUGUCUCUUAGCAGCUAACAGGCUAACGGUACUCGAUCUAAACACCUGCUGUAUAAACACCAGCAACAUGAAACACAACUCCAACGUCCCCGCGUUCCUGACCAAGCUGUGGACUCUGGUGGAAGAUUCCGACACCAAUGAGUUUAUCUGCUGGAGUCAGGAGGGGAACAGUUUCCUGGUGCUGGAUGAACAGCGAUUCUCUAAAGAAAUCCUGCCCAAGUUCUUUAAGCACAAUAACAUGGCCAGUUUUGUUCGACAGCUCAACAUGUAUGGAUUUCGGAAGGCGAUGCACAUGGACACGAGCAUCGUGAAGCAGGAGCGUGACGGACCGAUCGAAUUCCAGCAUCCGUGUUUCAGACACGGCCGAGACGACCUGCUGGAGAACAUAAAGAGGAAGGUGUCCAGUACCAGACCAGAGGAGAACAAACUGAGGCAGGAGGACCUGUCCAAAAUCCUCUCCAGUGUUCAGACUGUACACGACCGGCAGGAGAACAUGGACGCCAGACUCGCCACCCUGAAACGUGAGAACGAGGCUCUGUGGAGGGAGAUGUCAGAGCUGAGACACAAACAUGCACAUCAGCAACACGCUAUAAAAGAGCUUGUACAGUUUAUUCUCACGCUGGUCCAGAACAACCGGCUGCUAAACCUGAAGCGUAAAAGGCCGCUGUUACUGAGCAGCAACGGAAAGAAAUCCAAAUACAUCUCUGAGAUCUACGAAGAACCGGUGGAGCACAGUAAAUCUGGAGCAAACGGCAUGAAAAGCAGCUCAGACGUGACUGACGACGUGAUCAUCUGUAUCACAGACCAGGACGCUGAGGUCACCGUGGACCCAGCCAGACCCACGGAUGAGGGUGAGAUUGAGAUGGUGGAUGUCAGGAGUGACGACAGCACGACACCAGAAACCCUGAACACGUACGGAACAGUUCCCGCUCACGCUACCAUCCAGACUCAGGACCAAACCUCGGUGAGCACCCUCAGCCCCCCCCACACCAGCAGCACCCUGCAGCUCGACCUCUCCUCCUUUUGUGGUCUGAAUCAGGAGGACCCUGUGAAGAUGAUGGACUCCAUCCUGAACGACAGCGCCGCCAUCUCUCAGAACAUCAACCUGCUCGGCAGAGUGGAGCUGAUGGAUUAUCUGGACAGUAUCGACUGCACCCUGGAGGACUUCCAGGCCAUGCUGUACGGGAAACAGUUCAGUGCUGACUCCAGUAUAUUAGAGGAAAUCAGUUCACAUUUAAAAGACGACGUCCUUCCUGCCAAAGACAAGAACGUAAACGACGCCGCAGAUAAGCGGCUGAUUCAGUACACCUCUUACCCCAUGCUGGCGUUCCUGGACGGCUGCAGUCCUCUACCCUCCGUCUCCUCACCGCAGCCCGUGGAUCUCAGCCCGUCCUCAGUGAAGAGGAACAUCGAGGAGGCCGUGGACCUGCUGAACUCGCCCCUGGAGGAGACCCGGCGCAGCUCCAUGAUCCGGCUGGAACCCCUCACCGAGGCCGAGGCCAGCGAGGAGACGCUCUUCUACCUGUGUGAACUGGACUCGAACCUGCCUCCCGUCGACAUGCCCCAACUCAACAUCUGAUACAGGAGAACAAAACGGACCAGAGCUUCUCUGUACAUACUCAUCAAAAUGAUGAUCUAUACAUUUUUAGUCACGACAUUCCUUUAUUUCAUUUACGCCUCCUGUUACUGUCACGGAUCCAGACUCGUGUUAUUAUCUUUUUUAUAUAUCGCAGGAUUGUGUGAUGAUGGUGAUGAUGAUGAUGUGGGUUUAUGUUGAUCUCCGUAUAAACCAGUUACUCUUAUUAUUAUUAUUACCAUAAUGUUUAAACGGUGCAGUGAUUUGCUCUUCCUGUUAUGCUGUCAGUAGCCUGAGCUUGUUACUAACAUUAAAGAAGCUGUAAAACAGUCA